AUUUGCAAAAAUAUACAAAUUUGCUAUGCAUAGAUUCAGAAUUCGACUAAAUAAUAUCAGGACUGAUCGAAAUGAUUAUUUUCUAGUUAAAAGAUGGUUUACAAUUGAAUAUUCCAGCCGUUUCUCACCCACGUGGUAGCUGCCUGACGUAUGGCGUCGCGUUGUUCAUCAAGCUUUCAUAGCAUGCUAAGGAAAAUGUGAUGCUUUUUGAGGGAAAACCGUUGAUUCCGGAGACAUCGAUUGUUUGCCGAUGCGCCAGGUCUAGGGACAACGAAUCCAUAUGCUCUCUUCGGGAAAAGUGUUCUCCAGACCAUUCCCCAUAGGCCUAAAAAAACCCUGAUGCGCGCAGCCAGUUUACAACCAAAUGAGCUGAUAUUUGGCAUGAAAGUCCCUAUGGGCAUGCCCUACAAGGGGAACCAUACUAAAACUUGAUCCGAGAACUUUUUGAAAAAUGUACCCAUCCUAAUGAGCAAUUUAAGGCAUUUUUAAAACUGAUAGUUUCCGACACAUGAAAUAUGCUUGUGGACUGCGUUAUAUCUAAGAUCUCUGGAAGGUGUUUGGAUCAUUGAAUAUGUUUUUUUUAGUGGAAUAGGCUUGGUUAGCUGGAAAUUCUUCUUCGGUUUACUAGGUAUGUUUUAAUACGAACACAAUGUUGUUUAAAUAUGUUUCUUCGAAUUGGAUUUUUAUUAAUACACAUUUCAUAGCAAUUGAUUAUUUCUGAUGAACUUGACCGUUUUUCUUUGAUCAAUGAUUAAAAUUAUCCUGCACGUGUUUCGCAACCAUGAUGUUGUUAAGCCCAAAUAAUCAAUAAUCAAUUAGCACAAUGUAUUCGUAUAAAAGUAACGCUCCACCAUGUCCUGACCAUUAGUGCAUUGCAAUUUCCUUCUGAAAGCAUGGAUCUAAUUGAAAGCCUAAAACGCUACCGGAUUUUUCAGUUCGAUUAUUCCAACGCUGGAAAGGUUUACCUGGAAGCGGUGGACUGGAUCGAUCGGCUUAACGCCUUCAUGGGGAUUUGCUAUUUCGAUCCAAAAGUUAGCCGAUUGCAGCCCCGGUUCAUUUGGGGCAUUACCACACUGUUCAUUUACAUUUAUCUGGCCUUUGAGAGCACCUACUGGUACCGGAAUGAUGUUGAAAAGUUGCUGUUGUGCAUCACGACUCACGGCUUUUCAGUUCAGAUGGCAUCGAAAGUGUACACAUUCAUCAUUAACCGAAGCCAGGUCGUCGAAGUGAACACGAUGAAUAGGGAUUAUUUCGAAAUGGAAACAACCAAAUCUGUCACAGUUCAGAACUCCCACAAAUCCAGUGCCACGAUUGCUUACAUUCUACUCAAGAUGACCGCCGCUUGUUACAUCAUUCUCGUCGGUCUAAUCGUCCUUGGCCCAGCAAUCGGCGGAGCCAUCGUUUCGGAGAAGAUCCUCCCGUUUGGAUUCGAACUGUCCCAUUCCAAUGCAUGGCCGGCCUACAUCAUGAAUUUGGCUUUUCAUGUCAAUUGCGGGUUCUACGUAGCUUUCCUGACGACCUCCUCGGACUCCACUUUCAUCCUGUAUCUUUUGACGGCUGUUGGGCAAAUCGACGCCAUUUCGGGACUUCUCAAUGAGUUGAACGAAAUGUUGGAGAAAAACGCCUCUGAGGAGGUAAUUUCGCUUCAGCUUAGACAAAUUUUCCAACUGCAUCAGCAUCAUUUCGCGUACAUGAGAAUGUUUAAGAACAUGUUUCAGUACUACUUUAUGAUGGCGAUUACGAUGCUGUAUUUUUGCAUGUCGAUUUGUUUGGCAGCUUUUGUUCUGAUCAACUGGUACAUGGGCGUCCUGGUUUUUUGCUUCUGCUCAGCGCAAAUAUUCUACAUGUGUUUCCUUGGAACUGCGCUGCAAUCGAAGACAGAGUUUCUGAUGAAGGAGAUUGACUCCUUCAGCUGGUAUCGGCUAUCGGUUCCCAAUCAAAAGUUUGCCAUUUUGUUUCUGGCAUCGGCGCAGAAUCCGAUUCUGCUAUCAGCCGCUAUGGUUAAGCUGAAUGUGGCAACGUAUUUACAGGUCCACAAAUCGGUUUACUCGUUCUUGAUGCUGCUGUUGAGAAUCAAGCAAUAAAAUGCUGAAUUACUGAAACAUGGAGCUUUUAUCUCCACACCAAGUUUGAAUUAAUUAUAAUCACUUUUGUAUCACACGUUAAAAGCAGUUCAAUUUACUUGUUCAUUUGUUACAUGAGUUCGUUGCAACAGUUUGUAGCCUAAGUUUGAAAUGAAAUAAACUUAAAGUGAAUAUCACCAAAACUCAUAUGGAUAAAGCAAUAUUUACACUUAUUAUGUAUAUAAGUUUACUUAUUCCUGAUAAUUUGAGGUUUGGAACAUUGGAAAAAGGAGGUAUUAAAUCAUGCAAUUUGUCAACCUGCAAAUCUAAACAUUUUCUCUGUGUAUUGUGUGGCUCAAACUUAUUAAAGUUGAGAGUUCAAAAACUCCCCUUCUAUCUGAGUAAUUUAGCCUUGAAAACCCUUGAAAUAAUUCUGUAAUAAUGUGCAUAUUUCUCACCGUAACUGUUUAAAAAAACAUAAAAGGAAGAAAGGUAACAUUUUAUGUUUCACUCUAAAAAUGUGUAAAUUUUCCAAUAUUCCGUUAUAAUGGGAUAAUUCUCCGUCAACUCACUCGUCAACUAACUUGAGUGAAACAUUCAUCACAAAUCUGAGCUCCAUUUUUCCAAUGUCGUUACGGAGGAGCGGUACGACCCCUUCUAUUUUUGAACAUUCGACAAAAAUUGAUUUUCAAUAAUUGAAAUGGUGAUGGUUUGUAAAGUUGGUGUCGAAGAACUUUUAUGCAAAAUUGAAUACUCAAAUUGAUUGCGAACUAAAAAUUUCGAUAAAAAACGUAUUUCACAUAGCCAAAAGUAUACUCUGUUUUUUAAAUUCACCCAUUUUAUGGUACUCGAAGCUGAAGUUUUUAUGGAAAAAAAUACGAUUGGUCUACACGGUCUGCUACUUACAUCAAAAUAUUCCCAAAGGAAAAAUUCUCAUUCGAAAUUAAAUGCUCUACAA